AAAGAUGACAAGUCAAAGUUCUGGGCGAAAUACAAGAAGAUUUCGAAUGAGUACGAUGAUGACUUCCUCAACCGAGCGCACAGCGAUAUAACUGUUAUCUUGACUUUUGCUGGUCUACUCUCUACCGUCAUCGCCACUUUCGUCAUUGGAAUGCAGCCCAACCCGACAGACACUACCAAUGCCCUCUUGGUGCAGCUUAUAGCAAUUACUGUUAAUGGGUCAAGUGCCGCACAUGAUAUCAGCGAUAUUUCCUCAUCUACGGAAUAUUCCUCUUCAACUGUCUGGAUACAAACUCUUGCCUAUAUAAGCCUAGCGCUUAGUGUCAUCGCUGCAUUUGGAGGUGUUUUGGGAAAGCAA